AAUAAUAAUAUGAAACUUUGCAAAGAUAAAAAAGAGAGAGAAAGAACUGAAAAGGCCGAAUGAAAAAGGCAACGGUGUUUCUACCAAAAAAGGCAACGGUGAUUAUUGAUUAAUGGUGAUCGAUUUGAACACUCUCGUUUCUCUUUCCAAUCUUGUGUCGGAACGGAAGAGACAAAAGAAUCUUUAACAAUCCUUCACAUCGACGUAACAGUCAAGAAAACAAUAUUACAGUUUCGAACCACAUUCAGUUACAGACUCCUGAAUCACAUUAUAUACUCUUCUUCUUUCGGUUACACUUUUGCGAUCCAUUUCCUAAUUAGCAUUCAUUUCAUUCUUUGUGAUCUUUUCCUUACACGCAUUGUGUUUGUAAAAAUGGGUUUGUUUUUUGGGAUUUUUCUUGGGGUGCUGUUCGGCAUUGGAUUGAUGGCUGGAUUGGAGCGAAUGAUCAGAUACAGAAGCGCCAACCGAAUUGCAAAGGCAGUUGACAUUAAACUCCUUGGAUCCCUUAAUAGAGAUGAAUUAAAGAAAAUUUGUGGUGAAAAUUUACCUGAAUGGAUAUCUUUCCCUGUAUAUGAGCAGGUGAAAUGGCUAAACAAGCUGCUGUCCAAAUUGUGGCCAUUUGUGGCAGAUGCAGCAACUAUGGUGAUAAGAGAAUCUGUUGAACCACUAUUAGAAGAGUAUAGACCUCCUGGAAUUUCUUCGUUAAAGUUCAGUAAGCUGUCCCUUGGAAAUGUAGCUCCAAAAAUUGAAGGUAUUCGUGUUCAGAAUCUUAAAAAAGGUCAAAUAACAAUGGACAUUGAUUUCCGUUGGGGCGGUGAUCCCAAUAUUGUUUUGGCUGUUGAAGCCCUUGUUGCGUCAAUUCCUAUUCAGUUGAAGGAUCUCCAGGUUUUCACCAUUAUCCGUGUUAUAUUCCAACUUACUGACGAGAUCCCCUGCAUUUCUGCUGUUGUUGUUGCCCUACUUGCUGAGCCAAAGCCUAGAAUUGAUUACACUCUGAAGGCAGUUGGUGGGAGUUUGACGGCGCUUCCUGGAAUUUCAGAUAUGAUUGAUGAUACCGUGACCUCAAUUGUUACCGAUAUGCUCCAAUGGCCUCAUAGGAUUGUUGUUCCACUUGGUGGUAUUCCUGUUGAUACCAGUGAACUGGAGCUUAAACCCCAGGGAAGACUUCACGUGACUGUAAUAAAAGCAAAUGAUCUAAAGAAUAUGGAAAUGAUUGGGAAGUCUGAUCCUUAUGUAGUUGUGCAUAUUCGACCAUUGUUUAAAGUUAAAACAAAGGUUAUUGAUAACAACUUGAAUCCAGUUUGGAAUGAGGAAUUUGACUUGAUUGCAGAAGACAAGGAGACGCAGUCACUCAUUCUCGAGGUUUUUGAUGAAGACAUUGGGCAAGAUAAACGACUGGGAAUAGCAAAAUUGCCACUUAUUGACUUGAAAGCAGAAACUGAAAAGGAAAUGGAAGUGAGGCUUCUGUCAUCGCUUGAUACACUGAAAGUGAAAGAUAAAAAGGAUCGAGGAACCUUGAGAAUAAAGUACUUCUAUCAUGAAUUUAACAAGGAAGAACAGAAGGCUGCACUAGAAGCAGAGAAAUUGAUACUAGAGGAAAGGAAGAAACUGAAAGAGGAAGGAGUUAUAGGAAGUACAAUGGACGCGCUAGACGGAGCAACAGCAGUAGUUGAGUCUGGUGUUGGACUAGUUGGUUCUGGUGUUACUGCUGGUGCUGGACUAGUUGGUUCUGGUGUUACUGCUGGUGCUGGACUUGUAGGAAGUGGAGUUGGUGCUGGAGCAGGACUUGUAGGAAGUGGAAUUGGUGCUGGAACUGGAUUUGUUGGCAGUGGAUUCGGCGCUGUUGGCAGUGGGCUUGGUGCGGUUGGCAGUGGACUGAGCAGAGCAGGAAAGUUCAUGGGCAGGACAAUCGCAGGGCAAACUACAACCAGAAGGAGUGCCAGCGGUUCAACUACUCCUGUCGGUAAUUUUGAGGAAAGUGGUGGUGGUGCAAAGCCGCGGUAAUUUUUCUGCCUGGCCACUUCAAGAGAGUAAUGAUAUGACAUGAAUCAUUUAGUUUUUGGGAUUUUGCAGUAGAUAUAGGUUAGUUACUUAUGUUGCUUGUUCUCUUGAAUCAUAAUACGAGUUUUUGUUUUCAUCGGAAAUAGAUUGAACACUAAUAGCAGGAAUUUCAAUUUAGUUUUAGUUUAACCACGUCUUUUAUUAUCUGUAAAGUAUUGUUAACUUGGAUGUGCAAUAAAACUUAACAACUUGUAAAAAUUAAUCUUAUUUAUUGGAAGUGGAAGUGAUUCAAAACAAAAA